AUGACAACGAUAUUUUCCACCAUACGUUUCCACCAUACUUCCGGGUUAAUCAGCGAAAUAUUGCACGCAAGAAUAGCAGGCUGGUUUCAUCUUGAGUUUGCAAGAAACUACUAAAUCAGAAUGGAUGAUAAUCUACGUCGGUUGCGAAGGGGUGCAGACGAAAUACAAAGAAAACACAAUGUCAUUGCCAAAAAUCUACGUAGGCAUUAUUAUUUGUCUAUUAUAGGAAAUGUGCUGGGUGUUUUAGCAACAAUCACAGCUAAUGGAUCAUCUGACCUUCUUUCAUCAUUAUUUUACAUUGGGAAAUGGAUUGUUUGGAUUGUCAAUCACAAAACAUUUAAACAAGAAAACACUUCUUGUGAAAAAGAAAUUAAAAAAGUUUUUGAUAGAGUAAUUCAAAAGGAUGGUCCUCAAGACUCUAAGCAGGGUGUUUUCGCAUCCUCUUUCUCUAGAAAAUUGCAUUAUUCAGUUCCAUUUAUUUUGGUAUGGGAUAUUUGUAAAAUUAUUCAUUUUAAAAAGACACUAUCUGUAACGGAAAACAUACAGCGUUUGAAUACCUUGGUUACCGAUGCUGGUAACACUGUUGCAAUGCAAAAGAAUAGAAUUGAAAAUUUAGCACCAUUAUUUGAAAACAUUAAAAGCAUUAUAAAAACCAUUGACAAUAAAACAGGUCACGUAGUUAAACUUAUCCCUGGUAUAAAAGUUCCAGAUAAUAGAAAUAUCAAUGAUGCCUUGUAUAAAAAACUGAUAAAAUUACAUUCAAAACCUCCAUUUAUUGGACCCAUAAGUGAUAAAAAGUAUUUACAUCUAAAAAAAGAAAUUGAAGAAGCAAAAACUCACAAGAACAAAUUUGAUGAAAAUGCUUACGGUGUGUUGAAAUCAGCACGAAAAUGUUUACAAUCAAGCUUUGAAGCCAAAAAGUUACCGACAUUCACAUUCGCAGAAAGUCAAGACAAAAAUCUGGAAUUGCUAAAUGAUACAAAAAUAAGUCUAGAUGCAAUAAAAGAAAUUGGAGGUGAAUUUCAACACCUGCAACUUGACAAACAGGAAAAUCAGAAAGCACUUGUGACAGGACUUGCUACAAUGCUAGAUAAUGCAACUGAAACGUUAGCAAAUGUAUCUGAGUUUAAUAUUGAUAUUAAAUCCAAACUAGAAAGAGCAAGCGUUAAAAGGGCAGCGAAAAAAGUUGUAGGGUAUGCAAAGAAAGGUGGCAGAAUAAAUCAUCAGGUAGAUGAAACGGUAACUUCAAUGAAAAUAGCAAACAAGGCAAUGGAAGUUGUCGAGAAGAAGACAUCACGGUUUUGGGGACGUAUUAAGCCGGAAAAGAUGAAUGAAAUCAAGCAGCAAAAAGAAGCUGAAACAUAUGGCACAAUGAAAGUUUGCAUUUAGCAGAAUCCGUCAGUUUGCUUGCUAGACAUGCAGAGGAUGUACUUCACUCUCCAGAAAAUAUUAUAAAGGAAACUUCUGAAAACUACAAACCAGAAAUGGUUGAGCAGGCAAGAGAAAUUGCAACAGAAGCUCUUAAUAUAUAUGAUCAAGUAGAAAAUUUCAAAAGCAAUCAAAAUGGUCAAAUUGCAGUUUUUGAAAGAGUGUUUCAACGCAUAUGGUCGUCAAGUGAUGAGCCACUGAAAUGCAACUCGAGGUAGUAAACAUGCGGUCUGAAGCUACGAGACUCCGUCUUAAAUUGUCUGGUGAUGAAACGUUAUUCAACAGACUUUUAGCAGCUCUUCGUCCAGUUGAUAAGUUAUCGUUGUUGGUAUCUCUUUUCCUGCAUAGGUUUUUUACGCCUUUAAUCUUUACAUGCUUCCAACAAUUCAUCCAAAAGCGAAGAUACUGCAGGAUGAGGUUAAUAGAAAACUUUGGUGAUGAUGGACAGGUUCAUGGCUAAAAGUGAUAAGACAUAAUAUAUGUUUUCUUGUUUUCGUUGUGGGAUUAUCGAAAUUGUUAUGUCUCUUCAUAUGUGGUAAUAUCAUAAUAACUAUAAUCACUCUAUUAUAGUGUCACCUUGUCUGUAUGUGUAUGUGCGUGUGCAUCCGCGCGUGUGUGUUAUAUAGAUUAUAUAGUGAACUUAAAAAAUCUUGUGAAAAAACAAUACAUGCAGUCCAACUUGGCAGGAUUUUAAGUUCCUUGGGUUAAGAGCUUCCAAAGAUGUUCAAAGAAUUUGAUUCCAUGCAUAAAUCUGUUACGAUGGCAACAAAAGGAAUAAUAAGAAUGAAUUUUAAAAAUCUUCAUGUAAAGACCCACAAUGCCUAGAGCAUAGAUAUUUUGCAAAAGGCAUU